AUGUACAGGGACAGAUGGGAGGCCGUUCCCCACCUUGAAAUUGUCUUGUCACACCCGCCCGUGGACGCACCCCCGCCCCCUAGCAAGAAGUCGCAUGUUCUCACUGUCGAAAGCUUGAUCAGCCGCUAUGGCGGGCCAUGCUUGGUGCGCUGCUACUUCGACGACGACUCGUCGGUCAGCUUCGUCGCCAAAAUAUACGACGCUGGCUCGGAUAAUAGCCCGGGCCGAGAAUCCACGAAACACCACCGGCCCAUUCCGCCCGAUGCAGAGCGCCUCGACAUGCUCGCCACCGUGGUCGAGACAGACGUCCAGCUUUCCCAUGCGGGCAUCAUAAACCAGGAUCUCGCGCCGCGGAACGUCAUAGUUCUACCCUCUCCAGCCAGGCGCAUCGUCCUUAUCGACUUCAACUUGGUGCGAUUCGGCCCCCCCACAACCGAUCCUGCCGAGCUACCAAUGAAUCCCGUUGACAGUUACUGCUCAUGGCACGAGUUUGCCUACUCGGGUGCGUUUGCGCGCUGGGUCCCCGCCAGCUGGGGCAACGACAGGGGCCGGGCGAUGGAAUGGCUGAUGGAGCGACGGGCCACGUCCACCAAGUUUGCUCCCCUCCCGACCAAUCUCGGGCUCUUUCUCAAAGGAAAAGGCACCAGCGAGGUCUUUCAAAGAUGCUAUGAUUGCAUAUUCAAGACAUCCCCCGCCGCUGCUUCCGCUCCUGCGGGUUUCUGUUGA